AUGGCCCAGCAGCUCACGCCGCUGCAGGAUUUCCUGGCCGGAACACUUGCCGGCGUCGCCAUCACACUGGUGGGCCAUCCGUUCGACACCAUCAAGGUCCGACUGCAGACUGGACAGAAGGGCCUUUUCUCGGGCGCCAUCGACGCCACCAUGCGCACCAUUCGCAAAGAGGGGGCACCAUCGCACACGGACAUGACUCUCGGGCGAGCGCUAAUCGUGCGCGAUUGGGCCUACGAUCUGUACAGGUGGCACUUCUGGGGCAGCGACUGGGCGCACGGCGAUUCGCUCCUCUUCAUUCUCACCUCCGCUCAGAUCAUGUACGCCUACGUGAUGCGACCCGAGACCCUGCCGCCCUCCUACUACAAAUUCAUCGUUCGCUCAGGUCCGAUCGAUGAGUGCGUGUUGGAGGGGGUGCGCCGAAGCAACCGCAACAAGCCCAUCGACGUCCAGACGCUCGUGGACUACGUCACCAAGCUGGGAACGCCCGCCACCAUCGCCCACGCCAUGGGCUUCCUCAAAUCACACCCCGAUGGUCUGCUGCCGGUGAUACCCUGCAGCAUCCUGCACCCGCGCACGUCGUCGUGCGUGGGGCACAACAUCAACACGUUCCUGUCGACCUCCAAGAAGACGCUGCCCAUCUACGCCACCUUGACCUUCGUCCCCAUGAUCGUGCUCCAGUUCUUCAAGCUGCUCCGCAACCCCGUCACCCUCCUCAGCCGCGGCCACGUGGGACACUACGCGCGGGCAGGUCUGCUGUCGAGCCUGAGGUCUACGGUGUUCCUGGCGUCGUUCUGUGCGAUGUACCAGGUCAUCAUCUGCAUGCAGCGAAACUUUGUGAGCCGGGACCACCGGAUCGUGUAUCUCCUCGCCGGCCUCAUCUCGUCCUUCUCCAUCUUCAUCGAGAAGAAGGGCAGGCGCUCCGAGCUGGCCCUGUACACGCUGCCCCGAGCAGUCGACAGUAUCUACAUGCAGAUGCUCGACCACAAGUGGAUGGGCUCCGUCCCGCACGGCGACCUGCUUCUGUUCUGCACGGCCAUGUCGGGCCUCACCUACUUCUACCACAACCAGACGUCGGUGAUGUCGCCCACCCUGCUGUGGGUGUUCAAGUGGCUGCACAAGUCCAAGUCGGACUGA